AUGUCUGGCGAACAAGCCGGUCCUUCAUUUGUGACGCCCGGCGACGCCGCCGCGCCGUCCGUGGUGACGACGGAGCUGAUACAAAAGUAUUUGGAUGAGAAUCAGCAACUGAUUCUCGCGAUCCUUGAGAAUCAAAACGUCGGCAAGCUCGCGGAGUGCGCCAAGUAUCAGACCAAACUGCAGGAAAACUUGAUGUACCUAGCCGCCAUAGCGGAUGCGAAGCCGGCGGAGCCGUCGGAAUAG